ACGCCCAUCGCGCCAAGCAAAUCGAAGGCACCCGAAGCCCGCUAUGGCGUCUGGUCAGCGCGCGUUUGUUCAGAAACUGAGCAAACAAGCGAAUGCAGAUGUCAGACGCCAGAUCGCAAGUAGCGCAGCGGAGAGAGAUUUCGCUCAUGGACUCGGUGGAGCGCAAGGCAGUGUUCCUCUCACUGAUGUUGUUGAGCCCCUGGACUUUGAGGAGUUCCUUCAGCAGCAUCAGGAUUUGUCUGAUCGGGAUGCCAUCAGUGACUUGCUGGACUUCCCUCCUGAUGAUGUAGAAGUUGGUAUCCUGCCAAGGAAAUGUCGAACCAUAGAACCCAUUGUGCCAGAGGAGAACCCGGAGGACCUGGACUUUCACAUGAGGCAAUGCCUGCACACGUACACCUCUGAUUGGGUGGUGGUGAGUCGGUGCUACCAGGGCCACAGCUCCAGCGUCAUCGUCAGGGACGCUGCACUGGAAAGGGCGGCCGUCGUGCGCACCACACAGAAGCAGGAGUUUGAGGUGGACGUCUGCGACGAGUUGUCUCGCCAUUCACAUCAAUCCUCUCUGAGCCAGGGAGACGACAUUCCGCCCUCGCCAGCAGAGAGCAUUUCUUCGGUUGAGUUCCGUUGUGCCAGUGCUGCUGAAACUCCACGAGGAAGUUGGGCGAGCAGCGUCUUUGACCUGCGCAACUCGGCGGCCGAUCCACUGGUGCCAGCCCUGCUUGAGCGCACGCCCCCUGAGGAACUGGAUCGCCGGAACGCAACUCAGCGUCUCGAAAGACGCCACGAUGCUCUCUUUGAACUAUACCCUCUCCAAGACGAGGAGGAAAUCAUUGAAAGACGUUUGCCUGCCGAGCCACCACGAGAACAUAUGGCUCACCGGAUUCUGGUUCGAUGUCUGGCUCUCAAACUUGAGCUGGAGGUUGAGCCAAUCUUUGGUAGCAUGGCCAUUUACGAUGCCAAAGAAAAGAAAAAGGUGUCGGAGAACUUCUACUUUGACAUGAACUCUGAACCUAUGAAGAGGAUGCUCUCUGACCACAUUCCUUACCAUGACAUCUCGACGCUCUGUCGAUCUUGCAUCUUCAACAUCACGUACCCGUCGACUGACCUGUUUCUGGUCAUCAAACUCGAGAAAGUGCUGCAAGGAGAUAUCAAUGAAUGCGCAGAGCCUUACAUGAAAGAUGAAAAGAACAAAGAAAAAGUCCGUGCCAAUGCUCUGGCUACGUGCAAACGCCUUGGCAAGUACCGCAUGCCAUUUGCCUGGACGGCAGUCUACCUGCUCAAUGUGUUGACGGGGGUCAACAGCCUCGACAAGGAUAGUGGCAGCGAUCGAGACAGCAUUGGCUCAAACAACACCUUGGCAAACCUUGGAAUUGUUGUUGGUCGUCGUGGCUCACUGGAACGACGGGCUGGGUCUGAAAAGCGUCGUAGCUGGUCCCCCGACGACUUUGCCAACAGUCUCGACACUUUUCGCCCAGUUACUCUCACCGUGUCGAGCUUUUUCAAGCAGGAAAGUGAUAGACUGAGAGAUGAAGAUCUCUACAAGUUCCUCAUAGAUCUCAAGCGGUCGGGCUCAAUGCUGAAAAGACUCAAAAGCAUCCCAGGCACUCUGCGCCUGGACAUAUCGCCAUGCGCGGAGGAGGUGCGGUACUGCCUGAGUCCCGAGUUGGCACGUCUUCAUCCAUAUCCCGAUGAGAAGGGCCGUCCAACGAAGGAGAUGCUCGAGUUCCCUUUGCGCGAUGUCCUCAGGCCAGAGUACCUCUACCGGAACCUUCUCUACAUCUACCCACGCUCGCUCAACUUUGCCGGCCGGCCGGGCUCCGCGCGCAACAUUGCUUGCCGCGUGCAGCUCCUCUGCGGAGAAGACGAAAUCACUUGUGCCCUUCCUGUGCUCUUUGGUAAAUCAAGCUGUCCUGAAUUUGUCACCGAAGUCUACACAACAGUGACAUAUCAUAACAAGUCUCCAGACUUCCACGAUGAGAUCAAAGUGAAAUUGCCGGCCAAGCUCACAGACCGGCAUCACCUGUUCUUCACGUUUUACCACAUAAGCUGUCAGCGCAAGGUGGAGCAGACGAUGCCAACGGAAACUCCCAUUGGCUACACUUGGCUGCCACUGUACCACGAUGGACAGCUGCAAACGGGAGACCAGUUGCUGCCAGUGAUGCUGGACCAUCCUCCAGCCAGCUACUCGUUCCUCACGCCUAGCAUACAGAUUCCCAACACCAAGUGGGUCGACAAUCACAAAGGGCUCUUUGACAUUUCCUUGCAGCCAGUCUCCACCGUCCAUCCGCAGGACGAACACCUAGACCGGUUUUUCCAACUCUGCACGGCUGUCGAGUGCGGCCACGUGCCGCAGCGUCUUCUCAACGGCGAGACGGCAGAGACGAUGCUCCGAGCUAGCCUAAUGGAGCUUGUGAAAUGCAAACCGGGUCCACUCGUUCGUUUUCUGCCUACCAUUCUGGACGCACUCGUCCGGCUUCUUGUGCAGCCGCCCCGUCUCGGCGGCCAGCCAUUCAACCUAGGGCAGGCUGCGUUCCAUGCGCUGGCCGCUGUUGCCGAUUCAGUGGUGAAGCUCUUGGACGAUCGCAACGACAUUCAUGGAAGGAAUGCCUUGCUGGCCACGUACAUCCAGUACCAGUGCACCUUGCCACAUCCCGAGCCGUACUUGCCAUCGCCUACCAGUGAUGGACCCUCGCCUCCUUUUCCUGGCUCAGCAUGCAGCCCAGCAGGGCAUCCAGCAUGUUCUGUGCCUCUUUCAAAAUCCCCCCAUGGUCGCAGCAGCAGCAACCCAGACCUUGCCAGCUCGAGUGCUUCGGCCCUGGCGCACAUAGAGUCAGACUCGGACGUCAGCACGGUUGUGGCGCGGCCACUGGACCGCACGGCCAGCAUGCGGCCCGCCAACGGGACGGCCUCGUCUCCCCUGAGGUCGCCUCCGCCACGGAAGUUGGUCCACGAAGAGCUCGUCCUUCAGUGGGUGGUGUCCAGUGGAGCGGCACGGGAGCUGGCACUCAACAACACGUGGUUCCUGAUGGAACUUGUGAUCAAGAGCAUGACUCAGCACCUUGCCGCCACGGGCAGACUUCAGGCACCGCGCCGGGCCAGGUUCAGCACUCGCUUUGUGGACGAUGUCACGACCUUGGUGACCUCACUGACAUCUGACGUUAUUAGCCGCUGCCACCGAGAGGUGCGGGAUUUCCGGAAUGUGCAGAACCUUAACAACAGCCUGGCCUUUUUCUUACACGACUUGCUGUCCAUCAUGGAUCGUGGAUACGUCUUCAAGCUGAUCAAGGCCUUCUGCAAGCAAGUAUCGGCCAAGAUCCAGUCCCUGCCCGACGCAAGCAGCCUGGCAUCACUGAAGCUGGACUUCUUGCGUGUGCUGUGUAGUCACGAGCACUUUGUGACCCUCAACCUGCCCUUCGCGACACCGCUGACCCCUUCGCCACCAACAUCUCCUUGCCCCAGCAUCGCAUCGUCCCAGGGCUCAGUCGUGUCCAGCUCCACUCUCACUGACCGUGGCAGCGCCUUCGCCGAACUUUCACCCGAGUUCCGCCAGCAGCACUUCCUCGUGGGCCUGGUCCUGGCCGACCUUGCGACGACCUUGCAGAGCAGCAACUCACCGCUACAGGCCAAGGCUGUGAACAUGGCUCGAAACCUGCUGACAAUGCACGAUUGGGACCCUCGCUUUACAGACCUGGACGUUGUUCGGCCAAGGGUUGCUGCCCUUUACCUGCCUCUGAUUGCCGUGGUGGUGGACGCCCUGCCUUGUCUGUUCGAGUGGCGCCCUGAGGCAAGAGUCCGUUUCGCAGAAGGCACGGAACUGAAUUCCAAGCACCGUCCACCAUCCAUUCAUCAAGCAGUUGCCAUGGCGAUUGCUGGUUCAUCUGUGCCUUGGAGGGAAAACCCUGAGCAUGGCAGUGCCUAUGCUCAAGGCCAGCAGAGUGUGCUGAAAGAGGAGGCCACCAGGCACCUGCUGGUCUGUUUCCUGUGGGUGCUCAAGAACGCUGACCACCGCAUGCUGCGCCAGUGGUGGGCCGACUGGCCCCUUCAUCGCCUGCAGCACCUGCUUGAUGUGCUUUACAUCUGCGUCUCUUGCUUUGAGUACAAGGGAAAGAAGACAAUGCGAAAGUUUGCCCAGCAGACACUGAGGAAGACAUCGGACAUCAAGUCUAAGCUAGAAGACGCCAUCCUUGGUCAUUCUAGUGCACGCAGUGAGAUGAUGAUGCGUCGCCGUGGCAACAAUGCUGGUGCUGCUGGAGCAGAGCGUGGUAGUGCAUUGCAGACACCAACACAACAGGGUGACCGGCUGAGGUGGCGCAAAGACCUGACGCAGUGGCGUCAUGGCUCAGAAAGUUUUGACAGACCCAAGGUGGAAGUUGAAAUGGACGCCCACAUUGAAGGGAACCUGUCCACUGAAGUGACAGCGACAAUUCUUGACGUCCUCGAGUUGAUCAUACAGGUGGUGUCUCAGUCGGACGCACAACAGAGCGUGCUGGGCACUGUGCUGCGUGUCCUGUUGCAUGCACUGGACUGCAACCAGAGCACUCUGGUGCUUCAGAACCUCUUCGCGACUCAACGAUCACUCGUCUUCAAGUUUCCCGAGCUCCUGUUCGAGGAAGAAACGGAGCAGUGUGCCGACCUGUGCCUGCUUCUCCUAAGGCAUUGCAGCUCCUGCAUCAGCAGUGUUCGGUCUCAGGCCUCCGCGUCACUCUACCUCCUCAUGCGCCAGAACUUUGAGAUCGGAAAUAACUUUGCAAGAGUCAAGAUGCAAGUGACAAUGUCACUGAGCUCACUCGUUGGGACAAGCCAGACAUUCAACGAGGAAUUUCUGCGCAAGUCACUCAAGACUAUCCUAGUCUAUGCCGAAGAGGAUGUGGAACUGCAGGAGACUACAUUCCCGGAGCAGGUUCGGGACCUGGUGUUCAACCUGCACAUGAUACUGUCGGACACGGUGAAGAUGAAGGAGUUUCAGGAGGACCCUGAAAUGUUGCUCGACCUCAUGUACCGCAUCGCAAAGGGCUACCAGAACUCGCCCGACCUGCGCCUCACCUGGCUCGCAAACAUGGCACAGAAGCACACUGAGAGAUGCAACCACGCUGAAGCAGCACACUGCCUUGUCCACUCGGCAGCUCUAGUAGCUGAGUACCUGCACAUGCUAGAGUACAAGCCACACCUGCCCAUAGGGUGUGUUUCCUUCGAGAAUGUGUCCCAAAACAUCCUGGAAGAGAGUGCGGUGUCGGAUGAUGUGUUGUCCCCAGACGAAGAAGGAAUAUGCACCGGAAAAUACUUCACCGAGAACGGGCUUGUUGGUCUGCUGGAGCAGGCAGCCAACUCUUUUUCCUUGGCUGGCAUGUAUGAAGCGACAAAUGAGGUCUACAAGAUCCUGAUACCCAUUGCAGAAGCACAGCGCGACUACAAGAAGCUUGCCAACAUUCAUAGCAAGCUACAUGAAGCCUUUACCAAAGUUGACCAGCAGGCUGGCAAGAGAGUGUUUGGCACAUACUUUCGAGUGGGAUUCUAUGGCCCACGGUUUGGAGAUUUGGAUGGAGAGGAGUUCAUCUACAAGGAACCAACUCUGACCAAGCUGCCUGAAAUCUCGCACAGACUUGAGAACUUUUAUUCGGAGCGGUUUGGCUCCGACUAUGUGGAGGUCAUCAAGGAUUCAAACAUGGUGGACGUUUCGAGGCUUCAUCCAGAAAAGGCGUACAUCCAGAUAACCUAUGUGGAGCCCUACUUUGACAUGUACGAAUUACGGGAACGAGUAACAUACUUUGACAAAAACUACAACAUCAGACGUUUUGUGUACGCCACGCCCUUCACAGUUGACGGUCGAGCCCACGGUGACCUCCACGAGCAGUUCAAGCGGAAAACUAUUGUAACCACAGCAAACUCUUUUCCAUACGUAAAGACACGCAUCCAGGUCAUUGAGAGGACACAGAUUGUUCUUCGGCCGAUCGAAGUGGCCAUCGAGGACAUUCAGAAAAAGACAGCCGAGUUGUCGCGAGCGACGCUACAAGAGCCAGCCGAUCCCAAGAUCCUGCAGAUGGUGCUGCAGGGUUGCAUGGGAACCACCGUUAACCAGGGACCUCUCGAGGUGGCACUUGUUUUCCUCGCCGAUCUAGUCGACCCUGCUCGCGUCCCUACACCAUCGCAACACAAGCUGAGGCUCUGUUUCCGUGAUUUCAGCCGCAAAUGCUUUGAGGCACUACGAAAAAACAGAACCCUGAUUGGACCUGACCAGCGAGACUACCAGAAGGAACUGGAGCGCAACUACAACCGUUUCAGUGAACGAUUACAGCCCAUGAUACGUAACAACAGCGUUUCUCCAUUUUGGGCAAAAGGAAACUUGAUGCGUCAACCGUUGCAAGAGCCCUGAAGCGCCACGGGGU